GUGGAAGGGCUGGAAGGCACCGGCUGAGGCUGUAGUUACGGUCCGGCCACCCCGAUCCAAGUUUGGGGCCAAGAAAUUUAGAUAGCGCUCUUUUUUCAGGGCGCGUUUUUGCCCGAUCCGGCGCCGUCGCUCUUUGGAUUGACGCUCCCAUGGCGGUGAACGGUGCCUGGAGGACAGAUCGGGCACUGUGGCGAGUCGAAUCGGUCUUCUACGGCGUCGACCGGUGCCUGGAGGAAAGAUCCUGUCUCCGUGACGUGCUCACUGCUUUAGGCUCCGAUUGACUCUUCCAUGGUGGCUACCGUUGAACUGGGAGAUAGAUACGGCGUUGUUCCGGAUCUGAUACAAAUAGAGCACCGAAGUGGCGCUAUGUUUCCUACUAUUUCACAGCGGCCGUCAUUGUUCUACUCGCCAACCGGUGUUUCUACGAUGCAGUGGCCGUACCGCCGUACCUUGGAUCCGCGGCAUCCGUCCUUGUGAAUUUUAAAGGGAGGGCAUGCACUCAGAAUUCAAACCACAAUGAGGCGUUUUGGAGGUUCUAGCACCUAGGUAGAGUUCAUACGGAGAGGAUCGUGGAUGAUGGUUUGUGACUUGUGAGCCAUUUUCUAAAGACCUAUAGACGGAUUACAAUGGGUCAUUUUCACAGAUUCUGUUGAGCCAUUGCCUUAAUGGAGAUGAUUUUUGCUUGAUGUGUGGAGCUCUAGGAAUAAAUGUGAAAUUUUGUAAUUUUAUGUCUCUCCCUUUUUUUGUUUUGUUUUGUUUUAUUAUUUUCUAAGUUUGUAAAUGGCCUUUAUUAAUUUUCUAACAGUAGUAUAUCAAAAAUACCAAGUGUAUAAAGUUGGAAUACUAAUGCAUCCUUUGUUUGGUGAGGUGGGAUGGCUAAAAAAAUUGGCAUGGUGAGCUGGAAUUACUCCAGGCAGUCUCGGAUGUAAUUGAGUUUGCAAAUUGAUGGAGACUAAGAGUCCGUUUGGUUGGCCGGAAAUUAGAUUUCGGGGGACCUCACUGUAUAAAGUUCACCAUUAUUUGUGACUUUGUCCGUGGAAGUUGCAAUUUUUCUUGGUUCUGAGCAAAUUUCUAAAUUGAGUUUAAUUAAAGAUAAAAAAAUAGUAUUUUUUGA